GACACUGUUAUCUGGAGAGAGCAACUGUGUGUGUGUGUGUGUGUGUGUGUGUGAGAGAGAGAGAGAGAGAAUGAGAGAGAGAGAGAGAGAGAGAGAGAGAGGAGAGGGUCUCCGGUUUCAGGUCCUCGGGUUCCGCCCUUGAGGGUGGAAGUGGAUCUGCACACUUUUGUUCUGCUCAGUUUAGGAGCAAAUCGACUAAAUAUCACACACACACACACACACACACACACACACGCACACACACACACACACACACUUGAAAUCAGCAGUAAAAAUCCCUGUAGGAGGAGAUCAUCACUUCUGAGCGCUUAAAGGAGUUCCAAGGUUUCAUUUUCAGGAAGUUCAUCUCUUCUUCUUCACUUGUCUGUGGAUGAUGUAAACAGAGAUGUUUGGGAAGUUGUGAUGCAGGAGAAAGAGCUUUGAUUCUGAGGACCACAUCAUCCUGAAGAAAUUGCCAGAGAUUUUUUUUAUCAUUAAUCUGGAGCUCUAGUUGUUCUUUUCUUCCUGAACUGUUCUUCUGAGAAGAAAUAAAAUAUUUUCCAGAUCUUUCUGGAAUGCGCUGAUUUGAAAAGUUGUGUUUUCUUCCCAGAGCCUUUCUUCCUGAAGGAUCUGCGAGCGCUUUGUGGUUGGAGGAGGAAAGCUGACUCGUUUCUUCACCUCUUUAGAGCUUUGUGUGCUGGAGAUUCUGGGUUUGUGAAGAUUCUCCUGAUCUUUUUCAGUAUCUCCGAGCUCCUUCAGUUUGGGGAUGGCUAUCGUACCGCGGUCAGAUAUCGUGCACUAGAGUAAAGUUUUAUCGUCGCCAUGGCAACUUCACCGAGUUUUGGCUUCACGCAGGAGCAGGUGGCGUGUGUGUGCAAGGUUCUUCAGCAGGGCGGAGAUCUCGAGCGGCUCGGUCGCUUCCUGUGGUCACUUCCAGCGUGUGACCGUCUGCACAAGAACGAGUCGGUGCUUCAGGCCAAAGCGGCGGUGGCUUUCCACCGAGGAGACUUCCGCGAGCUCUACCGGAUCCUCGAGAGCCACCAGUUCUCCACGCAGAACCACGCCGGGCUGCAGCAGCUGUGGCUCAGGGCGCACUACGCCGAGGCCGAGAGGCUGCGCGGGCGUCCGCUCGGUGCCGUGGGGAAGUACCGCGUGCGCCGGAAGUUCCCGCUCCCGCGCACCAUCUGGGACGGAGAGGAGACGAGCUACUGCUUCAAGGAGAAGUCGCGCUCCGUGCUGCGGGACUGGUACAUACACAACCCCUACCCCUCCCCCCGAGAGAAACACCAGCUCGCCGACGUCACCGGACUGACCAGCACACAGGUCAGUAACUGGUUCAAGAACCGGAGACAGAGAGACCGAGCCGCCGAGGCCAAGGACAGAGACAGUGAAGAUCUCAGCGUUAAUAAACCUCUUCAGCUCUGCAGCUCUGAUGAAGAAGAUGAAGAGCAGCUCUAUCCUCCACGAAGCCCCGCCCCCAGAACGUCCAUAAACUCCGCCCCCCGGGUGCUUUACCGAAGCAACCGGAACCUUAGACCCACCAGGAGCCUGAACCCGGACCCAAACAGUACCCAGACCCUGUAUAGGCACUGAACAAAAAACCUGACAGAGGCAGGACCUUAAAGCUGAUGAUGAUGAUGUUUUUUAGUGUUAUGCAUUACAGCACGUGUCACUGCAGUACACACACACACCCCUCUCUCUCAGUUUUAUACUGUACUUUUUUCACUCCAGCUGAUUGUGUGGAUUUUAUGUAACUUUUUUCCAGAGUAUUUUGUCAAGAAAACAUUAAAAACAUUCAUUAAAAAAAUUAAACUCAUCCAGCCUGCUCCUUUAACACAGAUUUAAUAUUUGUAUAAUUACAUGAUCAAGUUCAGAAGUAAACUACAGGAGUAAGCAGGCGUGGGGAACAGAUGUAACCUGAGUCUGACAGAGUGGAGUGGACACAGUGUUCAUGUCUCCUCACUCACACUCACCUCUCUCUUCUGACCUCAGCGUGUUUACGGGAAGCUGCUGCCCAGUAAGAGGAUGGGAGUGAGAAGUGUUUGUGGAUUUAAGGUUUAUUUGGGGAUCAUUUUACACAUGGAUGCCUUUACACGUGAAUCAUAGGAGGAAGUUCACGUCUGUGGCUCUGACCAUCGGGAACUAAAGCAGGACACAUACAGAAUGUUACAGAAAUAUUGUGUGGGUGUGUGUGUGUGUGUGUAGGAGUCAUGGAGCCUUGAGGACUUCCUGUUGUAUAACGAGAA